AUGUGGCGGGAUCGUACCAACCUCUACCUCUCCUACCGCCAAUCCCUAAUUCACCACCCAGCCAAAAAGCCGCACUUCACACCCACAAAUGGCUUCUCCGACACGCCCUCACACCCUGAAGAAAACAGGCGCCUAAUAUCCGAAACAGAAGAGGAUGGCGACAUGGUCAUCGAGAUGGAUCUCCUCCCGCCGCGCUGGGUCGACGUGCAGGAAGAGGUCUCCGAAUUGUUAUCCGAGAUCGCCCAGAAAUCCGCCCAGCUCGACAAACUACACCAGAAACACCUGCUCCCAGGAUUCGGCGAUGAGGAGCUGCGCAAAAAGGAUGAGGGCGUUAUCGAGCGCUUGACGCAGGAUGUCACGCGCUCCUUUCAUGAUUGCCAGCGCUCCAUCAUGCGCAUAGAGACUAUGGUCGGCGAGUCCAAGGCGCAUGGCGGUGUUACGAGUGGGGAGGAGACUAUGGCGAAGAACAUUCAGAUUUCACUUGCUGCGAGGGUGCAGGAGGCUAGUGCUAGGUUUAGGAAGAAGCAGAGUACUUAUUUGCGGAGUAUGGGACCCUUGUUUCUUUUUGUGUUCUUGUUCUUGUUCUUGUUCUCGGCUAUUCGAGGCGGAAGCGGUUGGUUCAAAUGUGCUAAUGCGAUGGUUUGCUUCUGUGCAGAAUUGCGAGAUCUAGAGGGUAUUGCGACGCCAUUCGAUGGCACGCCUACGCCUCUUACCCAAAAUCCAUACACGGACCCGUCGAUGAUGGAGUCAGAUGCCGAUAGGUCCUUUUCGCAGACGAUGUUGCAGGAGACCUCACAACGACAGACCGGUCAGAAUGAUGCUGCUAUUGCGCAGCGGGAGCGCGAAAUCAACGAUAUUGCAAAAGGGAUUAUUGAGCUCUCGGAUAUUUUCCGUGAACUGCAGAGCAUGAUCAUCGACCAAGGCACCAUGCUGGAUCGUAUAGAUUACAACGUUGAGCGGAUGGGCACCGAGGUUAAGGCUGCGGACAAGGAGCUGAAAGUGGCUACGGGUUAUCAACAGCGAACGACCAAGCGCAAGAUCAUGCUACUUCUCCUGCUGGUCGUGGUGGGAAUGAUCAUUUUGCUGGUUGUGAAACCAAAGAGGAGCCGUUCAGCGCCACCGCCACCGCCACCACCACCACCUCCUCCAGAGGAUGAAUCUUCGAACAAUAUCCGCUCUGUGUUUGCUUACCGGGGGCGAAGACAUCGGUUAUCGAACCGCUUCGCGCGAGAUCGGUGGAUGGAUCCGGAUAUAUUCCGAUGA